GAAACAGUUCGCGAGCGAGCGGACGUUUGCGAAUAAAGUUUUACCACAAAGAUAUAAUUUACAAUAUUUUUUUAACUCCACAAACCAAAAAAAAUAAAUCGCAAAUUUUUUUUCCUGAGAAAUUAAUGCAUUCACCAAAUGCAGAGAUAGAAAAUCGUAAAACGAAAGCCGAUCGAUUUGAGUGUUUGAAAUAAAAAGCUUUAUGUUAUUGUGAUAUGAAAAUGAAUAAAAGUGAACGAAAUUAAGUAGUAGAAAAAAUGAGAAGCUAUUACCGUUAUAGCUGAAAAUAUUUUCGUUUUAUUAACUAUCUUAAGAGUGCGCUAAAACCGCAUUCCGAUUCUCGUGAUUUAGUGUUAAAGCAAAAGUGCAUUACAUACACACAAAUAUAAAAUUAGCGUUGUCGUAAUUUUAGAUUUCGGUUGCGUUGGCAGAAAUCAGAAAGUAUCGCAUAGCGCUCGAGCAGCGAGCGUGCACAGUGUGCAGCAGAUUUUUGAUGCGGGCACUAAAACUGUGAGAAAUGGAACAAUUCGAGCAACUUUUGACUUGUUGUGUGUGCCUUGAUCGGUAUCGCAUACCAAAACUGUUGCCAUGCCAACAUUCGUUCUGUAUGGAACCGUGUAUGGAAGGUCUCGUGGACUAUGUACGAAGACAGGUCAAAUGUCCCGAGUGCCGAGCAGAACAUCGCAUACCAUACAAUGGAGUACAAGCCUUCCCCACAAAUGUAACAUUGCAGCGUUUUCUGGAGUUACAUAUCGAGAUAACCGGCGAAUUGCCAGAUCCGACGUCAGGUCAAAUCAUGGAGCGGUGCAGUGUGUGUUCAGAGAAAUCGUACCUCUCGUAUUGUGCGCAUUGUGAGAAGAAGAUCUGCGAGGACUGCAAAAGCGCACACAUGGACAUAUUGCGUCGUGAGAUAACGCGAUUCAAUUCACAAAUCCGUCGCAGUUUACAUCGGCUGCAGGACACUCUCGCCAUAAUUGAGAAGAACUCAGUCAGUCUGCAAACUAAUUGCGUUGGAGUAACCGAAGAGAUCGAUGAGAUCUGUAGACGCAUUACCAAGGCGAUUAAAGAUCGCACUGAUCAACUGAGAGGCGAGGUCGAUCGCUAUCUCACAAUUGAGAUGCGAAAUCUGACAACGCUUAGGGAAAAUCUUGAUCAUGAGAUUCAGAAUAUAUCAAGCAAUUGCGACAUUGUUGAUAAAUACAUGAAUGAGACGGUCGAAUGGGAUGAUUGUGAAUUGAUGGACACCAAAGAGAUCUUCCUCAAGACGGUUGAGUUCCUGCGUCACUUCGAGUAUGAGAAUACUGAUUAUACACGUCGUGUGCGCUUCCUUGUAUCAAUUGAUCCGAACCAGCUUGUGUUGAAUCUGGCCUCGUUCGGUGAUUUAAAUAUUGCACCACAUUCACAGCCCAGUGGUUCUGUAAGCAGUUCACAUUUGGCGCCUCCUUCAGGUUUGCAACCCGGUUUGAUGCGCUCGAAAAGUGAUCACCGACUCGCUACACAAUUUCGUCAGCAAGAGGAACGCGUCGGUUACAAUGACGAACCGGUUUUAGGUGGUCGCAAAUUCGGUGAGCGACCAGUACGUGCAAAUAACGAUCGCUAUGGUGACGGCAAUAGUCGCUAUGGUCGAGGCACCGACUACGAUUACGAGAAUGAAUACGACAACGAUCAGACAUCGUCCCGUCCCGGAAAGUCAUCACGUUUCCGUUCCCGCUUCGUUCGUUCUCACCAAAACGAUGACUCCGAUAGCGAACAACAACAAGCACAACGCCAACAAGAGUUGGAAAAGAAGAAGGAUCGCGUACUAAGCGGUGAAGAUGUGUCACGUGGACAGCUUAGUGGUAUUAUACGCUUAAGUGACUGUGCACGUGUUAUUCAACGCUUGGCAGAUAUCGGUAAAGAGAAGAAGGAAAAGAAAUCGGAUACUGCAGCACAGGCGGCUGUGCAGGCGGCCAUUCAAGCACAAAAAGCGUCAAUGCAACGUCCAAAACAGGGCGCCCAGAGACAAGUAUCCGAAGAUGAUGAGAUAAGUCGCAUUAAACGUCAGAACAAAAAUGCACCGGGAGGAACUGCAACACAAGCGACUGCUGCUAACACGACUGCACAGUCGGCGGAGUCUGAGCGCCCGGCUGCCGACCGUGUGGCUGCACUCAAACGAACUGGCGUUCCGCAAGGAACCAGCGAGGAGAGCGAUAGCUCCAAUCAUGCUUCACCAGUGCGUAGGACGCCACCACCAAGGGCUGAGUCCAAAGCGCCCGUAUCAGCACAAGUAGCGGCCGUCAAGAAGACAACGCGUUCGGGUAGCAGCGAUUCGACAGCAUCUACGGAGAGUUCGACCAGCUCUGCUGCAGCUGCCGUGCCAAGCAGCACACGUGCCCGCGAGAGUCCGGCACGUUCGCGUGCUACACCAGCCAGCAGUGCGGUCACGGCGAGCAGCAACAGCACGCCAACCACGGAGAAGAAACCGUUCGUAAGCCGCUUCCUGCCACAGCAUAGCAGCGCGGCAGCUAGCAAUGAGAAAAAGAAGGCGGAAAGUGAAUCGAGUAGCGAGGAAGAAACCUCCAGCGAAGAAUCAGAAGAUGAAGUCGACACGAAAUCGAAAUCUACUGCCGCCGCUAGUUCUAGCUUGGCGGCAAAGAGUCAGGUCGGUAGCAGUGCACUGUCUUCAUCGGGUGCAGGUAGCUCAAGUGGCGCUUCUUCUUAUCGGGAGCGUCUGGAAGCGCGUCGCAAUUCACGUGACGAUGCGUCCUCACGUCCUUCGUCCAGUUAUGCAACUCCAUCCAGCAGCGGCACAAGCGGCUAUGGUUCUUCGUCACGCCAACGCACCAUGCCGGCGCCACAUCACGCUCACGACUCGGACGAUCGUUAUGGAAGUGGCAGCGCCGCCUCUGGCAGCAGCUACACAAGCCGCUUUCUAAACAAAAGCAAGAGCAGCGCUAUUGUAUCACAACCAUCGCUCUCCACGCCCACCGCUUCCUUCGAUGAGGAUGCCAACGGCACUGGUGACGAUUCGGACUCUCGCUAUGGCACCGGACGUUCGCGCUAUCUGGCGAUGAAAGAGCGGCGCAGCCGCUUGGCGCGCAGUCGCUCCUCGCACGCGCUCGGCAACGAAGACGACGAUCUGGAUGAGCCGGUAUCGCCAACAACGGCAUCGCCAUCUGCUUACUUGGCCUCAAGGUACUCAGGCUAUGGCGGAACCGAUUUGGCACGCAGCCGAUCCUCGCACGCAUUGAAAUCGCGCGACAACUCACCAAUCGCCGACCGUAGCACCGCGUCGGCGCGCAGCGCUAUCGUAACUGCCGCCGGCUCCAGCACGUCCGCCGCAGCGGACAGCAAAGACGGCGAGGCGUUGAGCUCCUGGGCGCGCUACUUAAAGAACAAGUAUGGCAAUAAGAGCGCCAAGGACACACCGUCUAGUAGCAGUAGUGGCGCCUCAGCAGCGCCAUCGUCUUCGCAUAGCCAUGGCGCUGGCGUUGGCGGCAACAGCAGCAGCGGCAGCAGUGCCAGCCGUAGUCACGCCAGCGACGUGUCGCGUCGCUUAAGUUUGGGGCUGCCGUUGCGGCAGGCCAACGAGCUGGGCUCAUCCGAUGAUGACGGGUCAAAAAACGGGCUAGGCUCCCCUACCUCCCCUACGGUAGCAGCAGCAGCAGCCGGUAUAACCGGAGUGGCAGGUACUUCCCUUAGGGAUUUGUACUUGCGUAAACGGCAGCAGCUGUUCCAAUUGGGGGGACGGGGGAGCGAGCCCGGAUCCUUUACAUGGCCGCGCGGCGUAGCAGUUGGCCCAGACAAUAGCUUUGUAGUCGCCGACUCGUCCAAUCAUCGCAUACAAGUGUUCGAUUCGAACGGUAUUUUCGUGAAAUCAUUCGGAGAUUUCGGUUGUCGCGAAGGCGAGUUCGACUGCUUGGCCGGUGUGGCGAUCAAUCGCAUUGGACAAUACAUUAUAGCAGACAGAUAUAACCAUCGCAUACAAGUACUCGAUCCGCAAGGACGUUUCUUGCGGGCCUUCGGCUCACAGGGCAUCACCGAUGGCAAAUUCAAUUAUCCUUGGGGCAUAGCCACCGAUUCGUUGGGCUUCAUUUAUGUGUGCGACAAAGAGAACCACCGUGUGCAAGUAUUUCAAUCGGAUGGCACCUUUGUUGGUAAAUUCGGCCAACUCGGUCCGCUGGAAGGCGAGCUCGAACACCCACAUUACAUUGCGGUUUCAAAUACGAAUCGUGUUAUUGUAUCCGAUUCCAAUAAUCACCGAAUUCAGAUCUUCGAUGUCAACGGAAAAGUCUUGAAGACAAUCGGUUCCGAGGGCUCCGACGACGGGCAGCUGAAGUUCCCACGUGGCAUCGCUGUGGAUGAUCAGGGCUACAUUGUAAUCGCCGACGCAGGCAAUAAUCGCAUACAAAUUUACAGUCCCGACGGCACUUUCUUGAAGGCCUUCGGCUCCUGGGGUUCUGGUCGUUCGGAAUUCAAAGGACUCGAGGGUGUUGGCAUUAUGUCGAAUGGAAACAUUUUGGUAUGCGAUCGCGAGAACCACCGCGUGCAAGUCUUCUAAGCCGCGACCAGCAAAAAGAAAUAGAAAAAA